AUGCUUUCCAAGAAUUUUCAAAAAUGGGGCAUUUUCCAUGAAAAUUUGUCUGUUGAUGAAAUGAUCGUCCGGUAUUAUGGUCAUCAUACACUGAAACAGUUUAUAAAAUCUAAACCUAUUAGAUUUGGGUAUAAACUCUGGGCUCUGUGUGGCAACGAUGGAUACUGUUAUAACUUUGCACUGUAUUGUGGAAAGGAAACAAAUACUUCCGAAUCUGACAAACUGCCUUUAGGUACAAAAGUGGUGCUAAAUCUACUAUCUAUUGUAGAAGAUCCGAAGAGCCAUCGUGUUUAUUUUGAUAGUUUUUUUACCAGUCAUGCGUUACUGAAAGAACUGAAGUUUAGAGCUAGUGGAACAAUUCGAGAAAAUCGUACUGAAAAAUGCCCAAUUAUGGAUGACAAGAAAAUGAGUAAGAAAGAGAGAGGGUUUUACGAUAGUAAAUUUGACACAACAAAUGAAAUUCUUGUUGUCAAAUGGAAAGACAAUAAGUGUGUUUCAUUGGCCACUAAUUUUGACACAAUAAUGCCACUCUCUUCAGUACAAAGAUGGAGUGUAGAUAAAAAAGAAAAGGUGAAAGUAAAUCAGCCUCAUGCUAUAAGUUCCUAUACCUCAUUUAUGGGGGGUGUCGACCUUCAUGAUUGGCUUCUUGAGAAACAUUCUAUAGCCAUCGAGGAAAGAAAUGGUAUUUUUGUCUUAUUACUAGGAUGA